AUGGCCCAUGUGGUGGGCCCAAACCCGUUAGAUUCAGAGCUGCUAAUAGCAGCAAUCAAUGAGUUUUAUACAACAACAGAUGAGCAACGAAGGCACGAAAUCGAUACGAUUUUAAUCAGAUUUAAAACUGAAUAUGAAUGCGUACAAACAGUUGGAGCAUGUAUGAGAAUAAUAAGUCAGCCAACAAGCUCUUCGAGUGUCAGAUAUUUCGGCACUGUUGCCCUGUAUGAUGUCAUCCGAAUACGAAGUGAGGAAUGUAUCGCUAAUCAAACUUUGCAAUUGAGUCUCAAGACUUUUCUAAUUGAUAGCCUCACGUCUGGCGCAUAUGCACAAACGACCUCGAUUCUGAAUAAGCUUUCCGCUUCAUUGGCACUGUUUGCUCUCUACUGUGUUCCUGAUUUGUGGCUUACUCCAGUUGAAGAUCUAACAUCCUUGCUUGCAGGUACUCCUGAAAUUCUUUUGAAAGUGUUAUCUGAUAUGGCUGCCGAGUUCUCUCAUGUUUCCAUGCCACUCACACAGAGAAGUAAAUUGAAAGGAGAACUGCACAAGUUCUCGGAGAAUAUAAUUCAAGUAUUAGCUGUAGUUCUACGUGGAGGUGAUACAUCGUCUAUUACCAAACAAUCCGCGGUGGAGUGUGUUGAACAAUGGUUGAGGCUGCCAGGAAUGGCUCUCGAUCAGUGGACACAAGUUCUUUCGGACGUUUUGGGGGCUGUAGUGCAAGACUGCACCGCAUUGGCCAGCAUUCUAGAUAUUAUAGCUGAAAAUGAUGAAUUCCACCGAUACUCUACCCUCAUUAUCAAUAUUUGCCAGUAUAUUUGUGUUCAUGUGUCUAGUAAAAUUGAAGAAGAACUCAAAGAUGAUGCGACAAGCGAAGAGAUAGCAACGUUGGUAGCUUCUACGUGUAGUGUGGCAGAAAAAUCAGUGUCCACGCUUGUCGAAUGUGCUGUUCAAGGUGGAGAUUCAGAACUUAUAACCCGACUUUCUCAAGUGAUGCAAGUGUUAGCCAAUAUGCAAGGACAGUAUCCGAAAGAAGAAAUUGUUUCUGAUAUUCCUUCAGUUUAUUUUAUCUCAUUAAGAACUGAGAUAGUGCAAACAAUGAAUUCCACAAGAGUUGAUGAACAAUUCAUUGCCAAAAUUGGUCAAAUAUAUGCUCAAAUGUUAGAUGUUGCAAUUAAUAAGCUCACAUUUCCACGUAUUAAUUUGUGGCUGACAUGGAAUUUAGAAGAGCGAGAACAAUUCGAAUCGUAUCGGAAAACAAGAAGUGAAGUUUCAUAUGAUUCUUAUAAUUUCUCUGCUGCAGAGACUCUCAACUAUUUGAAUCAAAAACUCGAAGAAGCGCUAAGCUCCGGAGAUAUAAAUACAAGUGAAGCAUGUUUGUUUCAAUGGGAAUGCGUUGCUGAUUAUCUGGCUGAAACCGAUUAUCCCUCUAUUCUGAAAUGUCUUGAAAUGUGUGCAGCACCUGGUCUCUCCGUAUCAUCAACUGUAUUAUCCUCUGGUGCACUUGAUUGUGACUUUGAUCGCCGUGGAGCCACCUUGAUGCGGCUGCUUUAUGCAUUAUCUCAUUUGAUUCAAGAACAUGAUCGAGCAAAUGAAUUAGAGUGUGCACUGAUUCCAGUUAUUUUGACUUAUGUGUCACCUGAAGUUCGAAGCGUACGACAAUCUAUUGAUACCUUACAGAAAUUUGUAGAAGAUCGACCAGAUAGUUUAGAGGUUGUUGGAGACCAGAUUUCAACAACUUGCUAUGACUUUUUCAACUCACCCAAUGUUCGUGACACUGAUCGUUUAGCUGCGCUCAAAUGUAUCGGUUACGUUUUAUCCAGGAAGCACCCCACUGAGACAAUGAAAAUUAUUGGUCAAAUUCUAAGCCAUCAAAAUAUUGACGAACCGGGAAUUGAUAAUCAGACACGUCAUCGUAGAUAUGCUUUUCAAAUCAAUACUUUCUCUGCGCUGUUUUCGAGUCUGACAAAUAAAAAAGGAACUCCUACGGCAACUAACCCUGGAACCACUGAUGAAGAGCCAACAAUCGUACAGCUUCUUAGAGAAGCUAUCCCGGUUUUUGAAGCAUUAUGUAGUGGAGGAAGUGGUUUGGAUGGUAACAACAGUGGAAACCUGAUUCAAGAAGUUUGUAAAGCAGUUCGUUCGGCACUCACAUCUCUUCCGGAACAAUAUCUUCCGCUUUUCUUCCCGUUUGUGGUUUCACUGUUGAAUUCUGCACUUUUUCUUCCUGAAUCAGCUGUUGCCGCUUGUGCUCUUGCCAAGUCUACAGUGCUGCAAUGUGGAUCUCUGGUAGGUGUCGAUAUGGCGAAUGCUUUCGCUCAAUGGGUACAACUAUUCGAACAGCAAACCGGGUCAACACAAAUUGAUGAAUAUCUUCAAUUGAUUUAUCAAGUUGUUAGAAAAAAUUGGAAGAUGAUUAUGAAGUUCCCAGAACCAUCUAUGGCUGCAUUCCGGUCGGCAAUCAAAAUUUGUAGCUGUAUUAUUGUUAGCUCUUCUGUUCCUACGGAAGUACGCAGUGCUUCACAGAUUCUUGCUGCUCUUUCUACAUAUGCAAUAUCAAAUAAUGACACUGCAAUGAAAACAACAUUCGCAGAAGAGGGGCCAAUGUUGAUUCGAGCUGUAUUUGGAAGGAUUCAAGGAGAGUUAAUGAGAGCAACAGUAGAAGCAUUAGCUGACAUUCUUUUCUUCUAUUUCAAAGAAUUCACAACUGAAACAAGAGCUCUCAUCAGUACAGAACCUUAUGGAUCAUCUGCGCUUAUAACGUCAAUGUUUCGAGAAAUCGGAAAUCCACGAAAUUUCAAGCAACAGACAAUACGAUUCAAUUUGGCAGCGGUUCGAGAUCCAGGAUCUGUAGCUAGCUAG